UGACAUCUUCCAGUAUACUAUUUCAUGACCAUCUUCAACUUUGUUAUGUAUAGAAGAAUCAAACUUCUCCUUGCCUCCAUCUUUCUUUAAUUUUUUUUUCUCGAGAAAAUUUUAAAAACCAGAUGGAUCUGCUUUUCAGAUUGUAAUCACUCAUCAUCUCCUUGAAGAAGUUGUGAGUUGCAUUUGGUCUCAUCUCAUGGAAGAUUAUAUCACAAACUUAGUUGUAUUUGGUGUCAUCUCAUGGACUACAGCAUUUCUAGCGACAAGAAGGAUCUUCCCAAACCGCUCUUUCGAUUUCAGCAAUCGUAUCGUCUCCACAAUCCAUGCUUCUUUAGCUGUGAUUCUGUCUUCCCUCUCUGUACAACAUUGGAGCUGCCCGGUUUGUCCCGUUGCUUCAAAAUCUUCUCCCAAGCAGAUGCAAGCACUAGCAGUGACCCAAGCUUAUCUGAUCUAUGAUCUAAUAUGUUGCUUCUUAGACAAACAUGUCAAGCUUGACAAUAUGGUCCACCAUUUAGUGAGCAUAGUUGGAAUUGGUGCAGGUCUGGCCUAUGAAAUGUGUGGAUCGGAAAUGGUGGCGGCCUUAUGGAUAACAGAGAUCUCCAGUCCAUUCCUACACUUGAGGGAGCUUCUCAAAGAGCUUGGUUACAAGGAUACUGACCUUAAUUUGGCAGCCGAUAUUUCAUUCGCAGUAAUUUUCACAUCUGCUAGGAUGGUGGGUGGACCAUAUCUAUUAUAUGUGACUCUAUAUGCCAACAAUCCAUUCCUAAUAAAGGCAAUGGCACUGGGAUUACAGCUGGUUAGCGCUUUCUGGUUCUACAAGAUUGCGAGGAUGGUGAAGCACAAACUGACCAAAAGGAUUACAACUAAAAAAGUUGAAUCAACCCUGUAAUCACAACCAUUUAACUUUGGAUUGUUUUAAUCUACUGCAAUCACAAUUUAUUUGUACCUACAAAAUCUUGUAUACUUCUCAAGAUUAAUGUAGUCAUUGCUUUCUUUCUCUUCCUCCACAA